GACAAUGUAUUACAAUCUGUGUUUUCUGGAACAAAGGCGUCCACCACCCACACGCACACCGAGAAACGCACUCACUCACUCACCCAUGCACGGACGAUCCAUCGCCCGCCUCAGUCCGAAUUCCUUCCAAGACACCAGCCACCGACCGCAUAUGCACAUAUGCAUGUGACCUAAGUAACCCACCGCCCACUCAACCACAGCCGUCCGUCACUCACUUUUUCCUGUUGCCACGCUGCUCCUUGCCCUUCGGUGUCGACGCAGGCUGGUUAGUGGUGCUGCUGCUGUUUGAUGGCUCGUUGGGCGGCGUCUGGCCAUCCCCCGCCUUGAACUGCCAGAGGUUGACUUUGCCGUCGAAUGCCUCUUCAAGGGUGAGGAGAGAGGACUUGAUGGUAGCGAUGUCGGUCUCGAUCUUGAGGAUGGAGGUGUGCAGCAGCGCCUCCUGCUCGCACUUCUCGCGCUUCAACUCCUGCACGGAUCCAUGGAUGCACCCCAUGGGAGGGCGAAUUUGUGUUUCCUAUUUUCUCCUUGGUGCUUUGCUGACCUCAAUGUACAGAUACUGAUUCUUGACCACACCGGCCUGCUCGUCCAGACGCUUCUGAAAAAGAAGAGGCAUGAGGAGGGAGAGACAUUGCAUGCAUUGGCGCCCCUUGCGUGCGUUUUAUUUUAUGUCUUCAUGCCCACCGUGAGUGCUUUGAGGAGCUGCGUGUGGUCCUCCAGUGCUGCCUGCACCCAGCCAGUGGUGCACCCACCCAUGCUGCUGGAUGAAAGGGACGGCUCAGGGGGCCCCAUCUGACACACACACACACACACACACACACAGAAGGAUGCAUCCAUUGCUGCUCGCACUGCUAUACAUGUGCAUGUGUGUCUCUGUGUGUGUAUGGUCGCACGUCGUGUCCCUGCCCUCCUCCUCCGCUCGUGUACUGCCGCUGCUGCUGUUGUAGUGAGCCACUACCCGAGCAGUAGCCACUAUGGCCAGACACCACACCCAUCGGCCCCAUUCCCAUGUGUGACGAGGUGGAUGAUGGCAUGGCGAUGUCGAGCGAGGGCAGUGGGGGCAGUGGCGGCUGCUGUGGUGCCUGGGAGGCAUUGAGAGAGGGCAGGGUCUCGUGGCGCGUUGGCGAGGGGGACAAGUCAACCAGCACCACGGGCGCUGAAUGAAAACGAACCAAGGAGAGAGCACGAGUGUAUGAAUGCAUUUCUGGUGGUUGGCGUGUGCAUGUGGUACGUGUGGGUUACGUUGGUUGAGAUUCCUCGCGAACCACUCCCACACAGUGUACCCGUCAGCGAUGGCAGGCAAAUGGCGAACAGUCAGCUGCAAAUCGACCACAAGACACAGAAGGACUCAUCAAUAAAUCCUCAGUUGGCCAGACAUCCACCGUUUUGUGAACGACUUACCGUCCGAUAAGGGGGUCUCGAUCCGUCCUCACCAGCCCACUGACCAGAAAUCGAUGGAUGGAUGGAUGUGUGGAUGAAUGCCUCCGUGGCCGUCGGUCAUGAAUUGCGUACGUUUUGGCUGAUGGGUCGUAUGUCUUUGAGUAUGAGAUCAACGAACCGCUUGACGCCCUCAGCGGCGCUCUCAUUGGCGUCCAAGGAACACUUCCACUGACGACCCUCAGGCACUGGAAGAAACCAACACAUAAGCGCACAUAUACACGAGAGCCAUGUGUGCAUGUGUUGGCAAUCAUGUGCUUUCAAAUACCAUAGAAAAUGCUGCACUCGAUCUGGGGCGCUGCAACAAAGAGACAGGAAAGCAGGUAUGCAUCCAAAGCAGCGGAUGGUCUUUUGUCGACUUACAAGUGGGGUACACAGAUCCAUAUCUGCUAUGGGUCAGCCGCGACGACCCCAGCCCCGCAUAGCGAUUGCCCAGCGCCCCACCAGCAGUGGUGGACGAGGCGUAGCUGCCGACGCUGCCCUGAUACAUAGACGCGACCGACAUGCUGGCCGUCAUCGACCCCGACGACCCGCCAUACGUCGACGCCGACCCCCCCUUGCCCUUGGUCGACAGCGAUAGCGACGAUGAGGCCAGAGACAUCCCAUCACCCCCUCCCCCCUUUUUGCCUCCUGCUUUCUUGCCUCCCCCUGGCUGGCCGGUCCCUCCCGGAGACACCGAGCUGCACGUUGACAGGCUGUCAGACGGCAGGGGUGACUGAGACACCGACAUGCCGCUGCUCAGGCAUGCAGCUUCGCUGGGGGUGAAGGCUGUCUCGCUCAUCUCACUACUCGCCAUGCCGGCCGCGUCAGCCUUCUGCCGGUUCUUGCGAUGGCGGUUGCCUUUCGGCGGCUUGCCGAUGGGUCUGGGUGGAGGUUGGGGCUGAGGGGGGGCGGGAUGGGUAGGGGGAUAGUUGGCGACGUUCUUGGUGGUGUCAUCUGCGUUGAGAGGGGUGGAUGGCGGCGUGUCGACGUUGGUGACGGUGGCCGUGGUCGGACUGCCACCCUCCAGGGAGGGCGAGGGCGAUGUGCCCUUUCUGGUGGCGCUCUCGCUGACCUCCCCAACCGCUUCCCUCUCCCCCUUGGCCUCUUCAUCUACUCUCCGCCUCGGUGUGGUCACGUCCUCACGUGAGGCUCCGUCGGCAGCGGGAGCGGCCGUGGCUUCGGCAACGUCGGGAGAUUGGUCUUUGUCCGCCCUGGCUGGGCCCGCUGUGGCCGGCGGGGUGUCGAUUGAGCCUUUCUUGCCGCCGCUCUCUUUCUUGUGCGUGUCAGCAGGCUUCAAGAGCGCCUCGUCGGUCUCAUCACUUUUCAACAAAGCGAUCUGACCAUCACCUGAACCACCACAGCACGAAGAGAGAUGUCUCUUCUGUGUCUCCUUUUGUCCGUCGUUGUCUCACCCCUGCUUUGUGCAGCAGCAUCUGCAGACACGUCAGCCUCCUUCCCCUCCUGAGGCACUAGUGUGUCUUCCUCUAUCGUCGGCAGGGCCGGUUGAAGAGCCGGACUCUUGGCACUGCGGCGCGGCGAGCCGUGUUCCUCACCCACCGACGCCUCAGAGCUGCGAUCGAGAGGCUCCUUGGGCGUCUUGCUGUCGAUGACGGUCGUGUCGCUACCGUCACCGUCAUUCUCACCCACGCCCGCCCCAUCCUCCCCUGUCUCCCCCUUGCCGUCAGCAUCCCCAUGGUCGAAGACCCACACCGCCUUGCACUGCAGACGCCGGCCGGGUGGCGCAGAGCUCGACCGGGACUCUGACGACGCAUACGUUGCGGGGACAGCCAGCUUCUCAGAUGAUGUUGUGACCGACGGGCUCAGGAUGGGGCGUUCGUCAUGGCCUGGAGGCAAGAGAGUGCCCUGGGGGAUGGCCAGGGCGCACGAGGGAGCCGAUGCCUUCGAAUACGAUGAGCGGGGGAAGCCCAUUGACUCGAGAGGCGGGGGGAUGGGCCCUCCAGGCACAGCAGCACCCAGCAGGUUGGCCGCCUCCCUCGACAGAACGACGUCAGUCUCCGAUGUGCCUCUACGGCGGUAGUUGUGUGCGCGCGCCCCUGGGGCGGGGUAAGUGGUUGAAUACGACACUCUCGAAGCAGCCGACAACGACACAGGGGGAUAAAUGGUGGAGGUCGGGGCGUAGGAGCGCACCAGGAUGCGAGUGAUGCGUGUACUGGACGAGGGAUGGGGCGGGCCUGAGGAGAUGGAGGCCGUACGAGAGGGAGCUGACGCUGCUGAUGUCGACUGCAGGGAGAGGGUGGGCAGCAUCAUCAGGACCCUCGCGGCACAGUGAAUGCGUGUUGCAAAAGAGGGAACAGACCUCAGCCGAGAAGGCCUCACCGUCGCUGAACCCUGACAGCGCCGCCACUGACGCGCCUAUCUCGUCUUCAUGACGCUCUCCCAACCUUCAGCAGGCAGCAGCAAUGCCAGGUGGCAGCAAUGGGCAGCGGGCGCCCUCACUGGCUGGCGUGAAUCGAAAGAAACGACGCUAGACGAUCAUGCG